CAACUAGAACCCAACCACAAAAUGGCUCACAACAUCUCCUCUUUUCUUUCAUUCCUUGCAAUCAUUGCAGCCCUACAACAGACAACAGCUGUAGACUACACAGUCACCAACCGGGCUGCAGCUACCCCCGGUGGUGUCAAGUUCACCAAUAACAUCGGAGUCGGUUACACCAAACAAACUUUAUUCUCAGCCAAGAAGUUCAUAUGGGCUACAUUCCAACAAAACACAAGAAGAGACAUAAAGAAUGUGGCAAGGGUUAGCGUGUUCAUUGAUGACAUGGAUGGUGUUGCGUAUGCUUCCAACAACGAGAUUCAUGUUAGUGCAAAGUAUAUACAGGGAUACUCUGGUGAUGUCAAGACUGAAAUCACUGGAGUACUUUAUCAUGAGAUGACACAUAUUUGGCAAUGGGAUGGUAAAGGUCAGGCUCCGGGUGGAUUGAUUGAAGGAAUUGCUGAUUAUGUGAGGUUAAAGGCUGGGUACGCACCUAGCCAUUGGGUUCGACCCGGGCAGGGAGACAGAUGGGACCAAGGGUAUGAUGUGACGGCUCGAUUCCAAGAUUAUUGUAAUGGUCUUAGAGGUGGGUUUGUUGCCGAACUUAAUAAGAAGAUGAGGAGUGGUUAUGACAAUGGUUUUUUCGUCGAGUUGUUAGGAAAGACGGUUGAUCAACUAUGGGCUGAAUACAAAGCUAAUGCUAAUUAAGAGUUUCAAUGUUUAGCUUUGAGAAAUGGUGAAAUUUUCAGAUACUUAUGCAUAACUUAAAUAAUGACCUUUAUGUUUUAUUGUCACUAUAGCUAUUGUAAAAGUAUAUGAUGCAUAAACAUUUAAGUUAUAAAACAAGUCAUAAUGUCUA